UUGCAUCUUCCGGCUUGCCAUCCAAGUUGCGGCCAGCGAUGAAGAAGGCGAGGAAGGUCUCGAUCAAGCCCUUCAAGCAGGCGCCGAGCGUCCCGGAAGGCUUCGAGGAGCGCGCAUGGAAGGACCUCCAGGCCUCCUUGAUGUGCCUCCAGAACAAGUCGGCGGCCGCGACCACGACGCUGGGCUGGGAAGAGCUCUACGGCCUCGUCACGGACCUCUGCCACCAGAAGAAGGCCGCGUGGCUCUACGGCCUUCUCAAGACACACCUCGCGACGACGGUCGACAAGACGCUGCAGUCGGCGUGCGCAGACGACCUCGGCCUCCUCCAUGUGGACAGCGCGCUCUUUGUCGAGCGGCUCGUCGGCCUCUGGGAAGAAUUCUGCUCCGACUUGCUCAUGAUCCGCAACCUCUGCCUCUAUCUGGAUCGGACGUACGUCAUGCAAACACCCGGCGUCGCGUCCAUCUACGACAUGGGUCUGACGUGCUUCCAGGAGGCGCUCCAUGUGCUUCCGGCGCUCGAGUCCAAAAUCACAACCGCGUUCCUGCGCGAGGUCGAGCGCGAGCGCCAUGGCGAGACCGUGCAGCGCCAGCACCUCAAGUCGCUCGUACGCAUGACGUCUGCGCUCCACAUCUAUGGCCGGCAUCUCGAGCGCCCGUUCUUGGCCGCGGCCGAAGUGUUUUAUGCGUCGGAAGGCCAACAGCACAUGGAAGACGCGAGCGUCGCGUCGUUCCUCUUGCAUGUCGAGAAGCGUCUCUUGGAAGAGAACGAGCGCGCGACGGGCUAUAUGGACAACAACUUGACGACCAAGAAGGCGAUCUUGCACGUCGUCGAGACCCACCUGCUCGCGCCCCACGCCGUGCUCCUCCUCGAGCGCGGCUUUGAAGAGCUCGCAACGGGCCACCGCAUCGACGACCUCAAGCGCCUCUUUGGCCUCUUUGAACGCAUCGAGCAGCUUCCGCUCCUGAAGGGCAGCUGGAGUCGCUACAUCAUCGCAACCGGUUCCAAGAUUGUCAACGACACGAGCCCGACGAGCCUCGAGCUCGAGAAGGGCAUGGUCGCGAGCCUCCUCCAGUUCAAGGCCGACCUCGACGUCAUGCUGCGCGACGCUUUUCACAGCGAGACGACCUUUGUUCACGCACUCAAGUCGGCGAUGGAGUCGGCGAUCAACGCGAAAGCGAGCCGACCGGCCGAGCUCAUCGCCAAGUUUGUGGACGCCAAGCUCAAGACGGGCAACAAAGACGGGUCCGAGCGCGACAUUGAAGCGCUCCUCGACCGCGUCAUGGUGCUCUUCCGCUACAUCCAAGGCAAGGAUGUCUUUGAAGCCUUUUACAAGAAAGACCUUGCGAAGCGACUGCUCCUCGGCAAGUCGGCAUCGUUCGACUUGGAGAAAGCCAUGAUCUCCAAGCUCAAGACCGAGUGCGGCAGCUCGUUCACCAACAAGCUCGAAGGCAUGUUCAAGGACAUUGACCUCUCGCGCAGUGUCAUGACGCAGUUCCAGCAGCACAACGCGAGCCAGCUCGCGAUUAGCAACCUCAAGCACAAGAUGGACAUGCACGUGCACGUCCUCACGACGGGCUUUUGGCCAGCGUACGUGCCAACCGAGAUCCUCUUGCCGCAGUCGCUCCUGCCGCUUAAGGCCAUCUUUGAAGCCUUCUAUACGUCCAAGUACCAGGGCCGGCAGCUCCAAUGGCAGCACUCGCUCGGCCACUGCCUCGUAAAAGCGUCGUUCCCGAAAGGGCGCAAGGAACUCGCGGUCUCGGUCUUCCAGACACUCGUACUGCUUUGCUUCAAUAACGGCCGCGACACGCUCGGGUUCAAGGAGAUCAAGGAGCAGACGGGCAUCGAGGACGGCGAGCUGCGGCGAACGCUGCAGUCCCUCGCGUGCGGCAAGGUCCGCGUGCUCACCAAGCAGCCCAAGGGUCGCGACGUGGCCGACACGGACGAGUUUGUCUACAACGCGGCGUUUACCAACCCGCUCAUGCGCAUCAAGAUCAACUCGAUCCAGAUGAAGGAGACGACGGCCGAGAACACGGAGACGCACGAGCGUGUCUUCCGCGACCGGCAGUACCAAGUGGAUGCAGCCAUUGUGCGCAUCAUGAAGUCGCGCAAGCAGCUCUCGCACGCGCUGCUCAUGAGCGAGCUCCUCACGCAGCUCAAGUUUCCGGCGAAACCCGUCGACAUCAAGCGCCGCAUCGAGAGCCUCAUCGACCGCGAGUACCUCGAGCGCGACGCUUCCAACACGCAACUGUACAACUACCUCGCGUAA